AUGGAUGACUACACGAGGGAAAUGAUGGACCUGAAGACGCUGGUCACCCGCACGCUGGAGAAGAAGGGCGUGCUCGCGAAAAUCAGGGUAUGCUCUUCGCCUCUCCCGUCGCAUUUCUCCGCGAGUCGAAAGAGGAAAGGAGUGACGGCGGAAAGCUAGGGUUUCGGCAACCUCAUUCGUGCUCAUCGUCGUGUCCAAUUGUUUUCCUCGAAAUAUUAGUGUUCGAUCGUUCUAAUCUUCACACAUUUUUCAUAACGCGUAUGAUGGAGGUUGGUAUCAAGUACACAAUUUUGGGGCGUUCGAGUUUAAAGGUAGAAGGGGAAAACUCUCCGCAUUUGGUCUCGUAGGAAUUUAACCGGGUCGUACAUAGCGAUCCUGAAGGAUAAUUUCUAUCUAAGCUAGUCGUAAGGGCUUCAAGAACGGUUUUAGGGUUUCAUAUUAAUACAGCUCAAAACCGAGACUAUUUACAGCCUUUCAAGCGUCCGUGAUACUAACUGUUCUUGUUUGGAUCCGGUAAUUCAUAAUUGCUUGACUCACCCGACCAUGUCCCUUCGCGCUAUUCUUUCUGUCAUCUCUUACCAGUAUCGUUUCAGUGUUUGAUGCCCUUUUUCUGGACUUCCAUAGGAGAAACUUCCAUCUUCUUCUCGAAGGAAACCCGAUGCCCGUCUUUCCAGUGCUAAUUGUAGAAAAAAAAGUACUGCAUUGGCCAUCGAUUAUAAAAGCGGGUGCAUCAAUUCGAGAUUCUUAACGAGGUCCGAAUGUCAUAAUGCCUCUGAUCUUAAAUUUCCCGGUUGUGCAUGCCUCUUAGCUUGUGCUCGAAGUUUAAAAUGUUCCAGUUCACAUCUGAUCCCUGUGUUGCUUUCAUAGCUUGAGUGUUCUCAGUGAUGGUCUUGUCGGUGAACUACGAAUUCGUGGCUAAUGAACUGUUUUUGCGGGACAAUGUUAGGGUUGCCUGGGUAAAUCACGAAAUAAAGUAUUCAUUAAUAUCAAUUCACUAAAUUUUUAGUACAUGCUCGUAAAAUUCGAGAAAGCCCACUUGCCCAGAUCACAUUUUAGUCGGAAAGCCACAAACUUGGGUAUUCAUGGCUAUCUGCCUUGGUCACGAGCAUUGCUGCCUUCACACUCUUACAAUCGGAGUUAUGCAUGUGUUGGGGAUGUGAGGAAGAAAGUAUUCUUACACUCUCUGUCCUACCAAUACCGGUAUUUGAAGGAACCCCAGGGGGGGAGUCAAGUAAAACUAAGGAACAAACAAAGCUGUACUCUGAGAGGAAAGCACGACCUAUGGUUAUAGUUACCUUGUAAAUGACUUGCUGCCCGAAGAAUCACCUUUAGGACCACCUUACCGUUGAUGGAUAGCACUUUGCCACAGUGGCCUUUUGAUUUUAUUUAACGAUGGUUGGCCUAGCUGUCUGGAUAGUAGAGAGAACGAAAAUCAACGGAGAAAAUGUUCGAGAUUUACCCAUCUAUCUCUACCCCUAUGGCACUGGUGGAUAGCUCACCCGGCAUGUCUAAAGUCACCGGCACUGUGGCGCUGGUGGAUAGCUCACUAGUGCAUAGGUCACAGCGAAUGUUAAGUACCUCUGGUAUUAAAUCUUUCUGGACUCUGCCUUUUUUUUGUGUGUGUGUGGCCGAUUGCAGCCAUGUCUAAUUGAGAACUCACAGUUUGGAGCCAUUUCUGUUCACGAGCUAAAAAAUUGUGCCAUAAGUUUUUUCACAUGUCAUAUAACGUUUUGGCACCCCAACUUCUACACAUGCAUCUGACCUUUAUUUCUAUAGUUUUUUCCAAAACGUUUGUAAUUUCUAGUCAUGGCUUUGUUUUGAUGGAUUCCGUGGACUAUUUGUGUUGUAAUCAUAAAAAAUUGUUCCAUCGUAUAAGCAGUGAUAUGUUAGCCUCGACUUUCUUGUAGGCUGAACUUAGGGCAAGUGUUUUUGAAGCCAUUGAAGACGAGGACAGGGCUCUGGAAAAUGAGGAAGGUUUUGUUCCUGCAUUACUUGGUAGUUGCAAUGACCGAGCUAAGCAACUACAUGCCUCUCCAUCAGGUUCUAUUUGCUUUUUUUUUUUGGGUGAUCAUUUAUAGAAUUUAUUGUUGAUGUCCAUAACUUGUUGGGGAGGUUUUUGUUCGGUAGACGUUUGAAGUGAUUAAAACAUAUGCUGAACAUUUCAUAUUUUAUUUUCGGAAGUGUUUAAAGAUGCCAAGAACCAUUUUUCGAAAAUUUUGCUUGACGAAAUAUGUCGACAGUGAUAUUUAAUUCAGUACCUUUAUAUGGUAUCCUUUGUUUAUUGGAUUAUUGCCUGGAGAGUGUAGCCUUUCGGGGUGGACAUAUGCAUCUUUGCAAUUUUUUUCAUUAUUGUUAUCGUGAAAAUUACUUCAAACUUGUUUCUUUGCAAAAUGCUUGCCGGACGCUUUAGGAUAAUUUGGAAUGAGGCUUUUUUUUUCUAUUGCAUUAUUUUUCUGUGUUGUCUUUAUACUAGCAUAUAUGUAUAUAUAUGUAUAUAUAUAUUUCUUGUUAGUUACUUUAGGAGGAUUGAGUUUUCUUUGGUGCAUACUUCAUUAUGAUGUUCCUUUUUGUGUCUAAACUUGUAAGGCCUAGGCUUUUCUGAUCAUGUGAAGAAUAUAUUUCACUGCGUGGUCUGUUCAAAAAGGCAAUCCUGAUUUGUCCUGCGAUCUUUGACUAUACAAUCGUGUUCUUCUCAUGAUGUGCAGGUAGGCUACUAACAGCACUGAUCUGUGAAUACUUAGACUGGGCUCAGCUUAGUCAUACACUUAAAGUCUAUUUGCCUGAGUGCAACUUGGUAAAGAUGCUAUCAUUGAUCUGUCAUUUACUUUAAACUAUUACAUUUAUGAUGAUUGACUUCAGGGGCACAAUCAAUGGCGCCGUCUUUACUUGGAUUACAUCUUUUCAGCAAAGGGACGUUUGGAAAGCCGAGUUGCAAGAGUUUCGAGUCAAAAAUGGAACUGACUUGAGCAGGAAUGGUGAUAGCGGACCGCUACUACUGGAUGUUCUUGAGGGGUAUCUAAAAUAUGAGGUUUGUUGUUAUUAUACCCCCCAUUUUAUUCGUCUUCUAUUCUCUUGACUUUCUUCGUGGCUCAUCAGUGAUGCUUCUACAUUGGAUGACACCUAAAAGGGAAAAUAUUUUUGAUGAGUUUUAUGCCACAUUAAAUUUUGGAGAAGUUGUUGGGUGACAACCUGGGAUCUUUUUUCCGUUCACCAUAUAGCUGAUAACAGUCCUUUCCAAAUGCCUACGGCAACCUUACCCAGAUCUCUCUAUCUGGUGUCUCUUCUGAGCUUUUUGAGUCUUUACAUUAAAUUAUAUGUCUUAACACUAUGUGAUGUAUGAUCUGGCAUUCAUUAAAGUUACGUGAUUAUAUCAUGGCAAGUUGCUAGAAAAGCCAUAGUGAAAAGUGAAGUAACGGAGCUCUGAAGUCUGUGAUUUCUGUCCGUUACCAUGAUGACCUAGUCGGUAAGACUUUUAUAUUUUUUGUUUCAAGGCAUAGGGCAUCGACCGUUUCUCUGCUUUGGAUUUUAUCGUCUUGGUUCCUCUCUUGGUAUAUUGGGUAAUUUUUUUGGUGAGCAAUGCAUCCUCCUCUCCUACAUACAUGACCCAAACAAGGUAAAUUUUGAUCAAAUUUCUGUCAACGACAAGAACAUAAAAAAACUGUAGACCCCCCAAUCAGCUGGGUGAAUCGCAAUUUUAAAACUUUGAAGCUCGGUCUUAGUUAAAAAUAACUAUUUUUUUAAAAAAUAUUUAUUCUUAUCUUCAAGUAUCUAAAUUACUUUCAUUCAUUUUUCUCCCACAUUUAUUUUUCAGCUUUUGUUCUUUCAUGUUCAUUUGCACCACCUUUUAUAGAAUUUAUCUCAAGCAAGAAUGGUGGAAAGGAGAGUGAUUCCCUCUGAGCUUGACUCUUUGCCAACAACCGAACCAAGGAACAUCCGCAGGGCUUCAUCAUCUGUUGCAGGGGGCUUGCCUCCGUUGGUAAGGUGACGUCUUAUUGAUCUGAAUGGCUAGUGGUCACGAGGCCAUUCUUGCUUCAUUGUUUAUUUCUUUUAUCUAAUCUUAAAUGACAGUUUCUUCUUCUCUUUAAUAUGGCAGGCCUGUCCCUUCUCAGUCGUCAGGUAUAUCUCGUCAGUGCUCUGCAGUCAGCUGUUCUCUGCUUUUAUCUACCAUCCUCCCCUCUCUCUGAAGCAGUUUUUUCCUUCCAGAGAGGAGAAUGGGUUCUUCCCUUUCUGGGUAUCGGAAGGAUGAGUACGGCUGGCGGUACGAUCCAGACGAGAUCUCCGACGACGUUCUGCGAGCUUCAAGCGCCCUGGAGAACAUCCACCUGGACAGGAAAACAAGGAACUUGUCAUCUUGGAGGUACUACCAGACGACCAUUUUCCCUUUUCCUUUUCGCUUAGAGUUUUCUUGGCUGGAUGGGAGUGAGUGGCUAGAGGCAAUCUAUGAGUGUAAUCAGGCUUAUCUUAUAUGGUUCAGAUCUCCUUGACCUCCAGGCCCUGAAGUAGGCUUUGUAUCCAUCCCCCAGUCCCUUAGAUCGGAAAAUCACCUCCUGGUUUUGUCCAUUCCUGGUUUUCUCUGAUAGGGCAAUGCUGAUCAUACUGAAUAAAUACUGCCAUGCAUCUUACACCCCUCUCUGCACUUCACUGCACUGCACCGCUGUUGAGGAUCCUAUUUACCCGGGAUGAUUUCUUUUUUCUUUUUUUUGUUGGCACUCGGAUAAUUGAGUUUUAUUUUUUUGUUAUUUUACCGGUCCAUAAAUGCCCAGGAAGAUAUACAAAAGAAUUAUAAUUCCCUUACAAUUUCAUGGAAAAAAUGGAAAAAAUUUAGGAUCCUAUUCACCCGAGAUUAUCUUUUUUUUUUUUUUUUUUUUGGUUGGCGCUCGGAUAAUUUAGUCUUUUUUUGAUAUCUUACCAGUCCACAAAUGCCCAGAAAGAUACAAGAAGAUUAUCUGCCUGUUGAUCUUCUCGGAUUUAUCAUUCCGUUGCAAUUUAAUGGAAAAAAUGGGAAUUUUUUUUCUCGGCAGGGUUAUAAAAACUAGUCAGAUGUCCAGUUCAUCAACUGGAAUCAUAUAAUCUCUCCCUGGAUUUCUCCUUUCCCCCCUUGAUUCCAUUGAAAAGUUGGGGGAAGACUCCUUUCCCUGUUCUUCAGAUCCGUCUUCUCCCAGUGAAUGCUCUGAUUGUAGCUUCCGAUUGCAGCAGGCAUUCUGGCGACGGAAGCAUGGAUGGAGAGGGCAAGGGGGAUCAUCUCUAG